UGUGUAGGUAACGUCGUCGGCGGUCUCAUCUGAUGCGCCGGAUUUACGUACGCCAGCCAAUGUCAAAGGCUCUUUCUCUAAUGGCCCGCUUCCUCUUACUUUUUGACUUUUUGUUCGCAAAGUGCAUGUGACCGAAAGUUUGAGAUGAGCGAACUUCUUAAAAAUAACGUGCGAGUUUCGAAAUGAACGUCUCAGAAAAUGCAACACUCCUCUACGAGGAGACCCAAAACAUCGCCAACAAAAGUUUGUUGGAUGAUAACACAACUUACUGCGAUCUUGUAACUUUCUCCGUGAGUUACAGAAGUGUACAUGGCUAUUUAAGCAUAUUAGUGUGCGUGUUUGGGUCAAUCGCGAACAUUCUGAAUAUUUGCGUACUCAGCAGGAGGGAAAUGAGAUCUCCGACGAAUGCCAUUUUGACAGGUUUAGCGGUUGCAGAUUUACUGGUAAUGCUCGAGUACAUUCCGUUUUCUUGCCACGUGUACUUCGAUCCAAACGCGAGGUACACAGCAAGCUACUUUUCGUACGGUUGGGCCAUCUUUAUGGCCUUUCACGCUCUCUUUGCACAAGUUUGCCAUUUUAUCUCAAUUUGCUUAACGGUAGUGCUAGCGAUUUGGCGAUACAUAAUAAUCUCAAGUUCCCAAAGUAAUCGGGAAUGGUGCAAUGCAUAUCGAACUAAAGUCACCAUCAUCCUCACCUACUUACUGUGUCCACUAGUGUGCUUGCCCCUAUUCGUGUCCCUAAAAAUCACCGAGCAAGUAAAAUCAGUCAGCGAACUUGGAAGAAUAAUACAACAAAAUGAACUGCCAACGUACGCGGGGGAGAAACACAACGCCACCCUUUACGUGUUGGACUACGGCCACUUCAAAGAGAUCAGCUUUUGGGUUUACGGAGUAGUAAUUAAACUGGUCCCUUGCAUUCUCCUCACCAUACUUUCCCAGCGAAUUAUCUCCGCGUUACUAGAAACGAAACGGAGAAGGAGAAAUUUACUAGGUCAGAACGCGAUGAAUCUAAAAUUAACGGCAGAAGUGAACGUCCCGAAAACCUUACGGCACAACAAGGAGCAACAGACCGAUCGGACCACAAGAAUGCUGUUAGCGGUUUUAUUUCUAUUCCUCAUCACCGAAUUUCCGCAGGCAAUCCUCGGACUUCUCAGCGUCUCCAUCGGGUCCAAAUUUGAAAGGCAAUGCUACAAUCCACUAGGUGACCUAAUGGACAUAUUAGCCCUCACAAAUUCUGCCAUCAACUUCAUCCUUUACUGUGCGAUGUCGAGACAAUUCCGGACCGCCUUUCAGGAAGCGUUCAGGCCGAAAUUUUUGAAUCGCUGGACGUUCAACGCGCAACCUUCUCCAGAGAUUGUGGUUACCGAAACGCAAGUGUCGCACGUCUAGCAGCAAAUGCAGCGGCCGAACGCCCUUUUUUAAUCUUCUGAGUCUUAUUCCGUAAACUACGAAAACGUGGAAGGCACAACCUUUCUUUAUAUAUCAUUCGAUCUGUUUUUUUUAACUUCACGUCCAGUUUAUUACUAAGCUGUAAGUCAGAAUUUCACGGUCGGAUACAUAAGACAAGAAAGUCUCCGUUUUCGUAGUAAAUUGCAAAAACGACUUGUAAUUUGUAAUGACUUGCCUAAUAAUCAAUUUUACUGAACGUUUCUGAGUGUAAAUGUAAUUUUGAAACCCCUAUGUUAGAGCCCACAUAGGUGUUAUUUGUACAUAAUUAAGUAAGUGUUUAUUGCUGUUAAAAAUUAUUGUUAUUAUAAUUAAAG